AUGCCCUCAUCUCACGCCCUGACUGUCUACGAUGGCGGUGCUUCCUCCUCGGAGGAGCUCACAUUAACCGUUCUUGGAUGCGGUACCAUGGGUAUCGCGAUCCUAAACGGGAUCCUUUCUUCCCUCCAGGAAUUGGCGGCCCCCAAGCCCCUUCAGACUCCGUCGGGAUCUGGCACAUCCACCCCUCACUACGAUGAAGUCCCCCGCCGCCUGCCCUCCCGCUUUAUCGCCUGCGUCCGCCGACCGGAGAGCGCAAAGAAGGUGAAGAAGGCCCUGUGGGAGCACUCCUCCGUCCUCAAAGUCGUCCAGAACGAGAACAUCCCCUCGGUACUCAAGUCGGACGUCAUCCUUCUCGCUUGCAAGGGUUACAUGGUCAAGGACAUCCUCAGCGAGCCUGGCAUGGCCCGCGCCUUGCACGGCAAGCUCCUCAUCUCCAUCUGCGCGGGCGUCACCGAGGCGGACAUGGAGGAGAUCCUCCACGGUGUGGCCCCCACCAAGAGCCCGGCGGAGGACGGCCGUUGCCACGUUCUCCGGGCCGUGCCGAACACCGCCUCCCUCAUCCGCGAGAGUAUGACCGUCAUCGGCGCUUCGACGUGGCCACUGCCCGCUGAGAUGUCAACCCUGGUCACCUGGAUCUUCAGGCGCAUUGGUGACGUGGUGUACCUGCCUCACAACACGAUGGACGCCAGCACCGCGCUGUGUGGUUCCGGCCCGGCUUUCUUUUCUCUCAUGCUCGAGGCCGCCAUUGACGGAGCUGUGGCCAUGGGUCUUCCUCGUGACGAAGCUACGAGGAUGGCCGCCCAGACCAUGAGAGGUACCGCGGGACUUGUUCUGAAUGGCGACCACCCCGCUCUUCUGCGUGACAGAGUCACUACCCCCGGAGGCUGCACCAUCGGCGGGUUGCUGGUGCUCGAGGAGGGCCGUGUGAGAGGUACCAUUGCGCGUGCGGUGCGUGAGUCGACUACUGUUGCGAGCCAGCUUGGCCAGGGUGUCCAGGGUGCCAAUGGCACACGCUUCACCAGGCAAUCGGGCUUCUAG